CAGCACAAAGAAUGUCAACAACAGCUUUACGAUUAUCACUCCAUGUCGAAAGCUCAUCCUUUGUGCUGAUAACAGAAAAGAGAUGGAAGACUGGAUUGCAGCACUGAAGACUGUACAAAACCGUGAACAUUUUGAGUCUACCCAGUACAGCAUGGACCAUUUCUCAGGGAUGCAUAACUGGUACGCCUGCUCCCAUGCCCGGCCAACGUACUGCAACGUGUGUCGGGAGGCCUUGUCUGGGGUCACGUCACAUGGGCUGUCCUGUGAAGUGUGCAAGUUUAAAGCCCACAAGCGCUGUGCUGUGCGGGCAACCAACAAUUGCAAGUGGACAACUCUGGCCUCUAUUGGAAAGGAUAUCAUUGAGGAUGAAGAUGGGAUCUCAAUGCCACAUCAAUGGCUGGAAGGAAACCUGCCAGUGAGUGCUAAAUGCACUGUAUGUGAUAAAACCUGUGGCAGUGUCCUGCGUUUGCAAGACUGGCGCUGCCUGUGGUGCAAAGCCAUGGUACACACAGCAUGUAAAGAAUUGUUGCCAAACAAGUGCCCUCUUGGGCUCUGCAAAGUGUCUGUCAUUCCUCCUACUGCUCUUAACAGCAUUGAUUCAGAUGGUUUCUGGAAAGCUACUUGUCCCCCUUCUUGCACAAGCCCUUUGUUGGUCUUUGUCAACUCAAAAAGUGGAGACAACCAAGGCGUAAAAUUUCUACGGAGAUUCAAACAACUGCUGAAUCCAGCCCAGGUCUUUGACCUCAUGAAUGGAGGACCUCACCUUGGUUUACGCUUAUUCCAGAAAUUUGACACUUUCCGGAUUCUAGUUUGUGGUGGGGACGGAAGUGUUGGCUGGGUUCUCUCUGAAAUUGAUAGCCUCAACCUUCACAAGCAGUGCCAGCUGGGAGUGCUGCCCUUGGGAACAGGGAAUGACCUUGCCCGUGUUUUAGGCUGGGGUUCUGCUUGUGAUGAUGACACCCAGCUCCCACAGAUCCUGGAGAAGCUGGAGAGAGCCAGUACCAAAAUGCUGGACAGGUGGAGCAUCAUGGUGUAUGAAACCAAACUCCCUCGCCAGGCUUCCACUUCCACAGUCACUGAAGAUUGCAGUGAGAAUUCAGAGGUGCAGAAGAUUCUCUGCUAUGAAGAUUCUGUGGCUGCUCAUUUAUCCAAAAUUUUGACUUCUGACCAGCACUCAGUGGUGAUCUCCUCAGCCAAAGUGCUUUGUGAGACAGUGAAGGAUUUUGUGGCUCGAGUAGGGAAAGCCUAUGAGAAGGCAACAGAAAGCUCAGAAGAGUCAGAGGUCAUGGCCAGGAAGUGCUCUGUCCUGAAGGAGAAGCUGGACUCAUUGUUGAAGACACUCAAUGAUGAAUCUCAAGCGUCUUCCUCUCUGCCCAACCCUCCUCCCACCAUUGCAGAGGAGACAGAGGAUGGGGAUGGGUCGGGCAGUGCUGGUGACUCUUCAAGUGAGCUUUCGGUGGGCUCGGCAUGCACUGCACGGCCCCAGAUAUUCCGUCCCCGAGAGCAGCUCAUGCUGAGAGCCAACAGCUUGAAAAAAGCCAUUCGCCAGAUAAUAGAGCAUGCAGAGAAAGCUGUAGAUGAGCAGAACGCCCAGACCCAGGAGCAAGAGGGCUUCCUCCUUAGUCUCUCAGCCUCUGAGGAGGGCAAGGAACUGAGGAAUGAGGAUAAGAUUGCCGUGCAGUCAUCACACAGCAGCUAUGGAGUGUCCAAGGGGAGGAGCCAGAGGAAAGCCUCCAAGUCUCCUUGCGAAAGACUAAUAAACAAAGGAAGUUUGUCCCUGGGCAGCUCUGCAUCCCUUCCUCCCCAGACAGGAAGCCGGGACAACUUGCCAAUGCUGAACACAAAAAUCCUCUACCCAAAUAUCCGUCCUGGCAUGUCAGGUUCUUUGCCUGGGAGUUCUGUCAUCAGCCGAUUGUUGAUCCAUGCUGAUCCCUUUAACUCUGAGCCUGAAAAUCUUGAAUGUUACACAGAGAAGUGUGUAAUGAAUAAUUACUUUGGAAUUGGACUGGAUGCAAAGAUUUCUUUGGACUUCAACAACAAACGUGAUGAGCACCCAGAGAAAUGCAGAAGUCGUACUAAGAACAUGAUGUGGUAUGGAGUACUGGGGACCAAGGAGCUGCUGCAUAGAACAUAUAAAAACCUGGAGCAGAAGGUCUUGCUGGAGUGCGAUGGGAGGCCCAUCCCUCUACCCAGUCUCCAGGGGAUUGCUGUACUCAACAUUCCCAGCUAUGCAGGAGGCACCAACUUCUGGGGGGGAACCAAGGAAGAUGAUACAUUUACAGCCCCUUCCUUUGAUGACAAGAUUUUGGAGGUGGUAGCCGUGUUUGGUAGCAUGCAGAUGGCAGUGUCACGUGUGAUAAACCUACAACAUCACCGGAUUGCACAGUGCCGGACAGUAAAAAUAGCAAUCCUUGGAGAAGAGGGAGUUCCUGUGCAAGUGGAUGGAGAAGCCUGGAUCCAGCCUCCAGGUUACAUCUGGAUUGUUCAUAAGAACAGGGCACAGACCCUCACCCGAGACAGGGCAUUUGAGAGCACCCUGAAGUCUUGGGAGGACAAACAGAAGUGUGAGUUGUCACGACCCUCCUCUUUCUCUCUGCAACCAGAGAUCAUGUCUGAAGAAGAAUCCACCCAGAUCAUCCAGUUUGGUCAAGCUGCAGGUGCUCUGAUCCACAGCAUUCGGGAAAUAGCUCAGUCCUAUCAGGACAUGGAACAGGAGCUUGCCCAUGCUGUCAAUGCCAGCUCCAAGUCUAUGGACAAAGUCUACGCUAAAUCCAAGUCUACAGAGGGUCUGAACUGCAGCCUUGUUGUAGAGAUGGUGAAUAAUGUCAAAGCCCUGCACAAUGAGACAGAACUGCUGCUAGCAGGCAAGAUGGCACUGCAAUUAGAUCCUCCACAGAAGGAGCAGCUCCAGUCAGCCCUGGCAGACAUGGACCUCCAGCUGAGGAAACUGGCAGACAUCCCUUGGCUGUGGCAGCUUAUGGAGCCCUGUGAUGAGGAGAGCCAGAUGCUGGAUUAUUCUAAACGCAGCCGCAGUGGCAAAUUCCGCCUGGUGACCAAGUUUAAAAAGGAGAAGAACAACAAAAAUAAGGAGACUCUCAGUAGCAUGGGAUUGCCGGUUCACCUCUGGGGAACGGAGGAGGUUGCGGCGUGGCUUGAGCACCUCAGUCUUUGUGAGUAUAAGGAUAUCUUCAUCCGGCAUGACGUCCGGGGCUCUGAGCUCCUGCACCUUGAACGGAGGGACCUCAAGGACCUGGGUGUGACCAAAGUGGGUCACAUGAAGAGGAUAUUGCACGGGAUCAAGGAGCUGAGCCGGAGUACUCCUGCCAGCGAGGCUUAG